CUGUUGAAAUAAUUGAUAUACAGUAUAUCAGUAAUUGCCAUGAAUUCUGAAUGAUAUUUCCCAUUGAUAAGUUUCUAUUCAAAUAAGCACGUAGAAAACAUUCGCUAAAGUUUAGUCACACAAUUUACCCCCAAAGAUUUAUUCGUAUAUAAAAAAACAACAUCAUAUAGUCACCAAAAAUUUCGCAAAUUCAUUUUAGUUAAUUCAAAAUAUUAUUGUUUUGUGCUUAGAACAAAUAAAAACCAUACGACUUACCCGCCCCCAAAUAUAAUGCCUAGUAAAUUAUCUUCUAAAUUAUCUAAAAUGACGUUUGUUUAGGCUAUAAAUAGCUUUGAAUCACGAGAAUUUUAUCUCGAAUGUAUUCUACAUUCGCAGAAUUUUCUCCACAAACAAGUGCUACGUCAAUUAAGGUUGUUUGUUGGUGCAAAUUAUUUUCUAGGGCAUGUGUUUUCAUCAGAAUUUCUGAAAAGUAUUUAAAGAUUAAUCAAUGGAACCCAAGUAUUUCGAGCCUUAUCUCGAAAAGUCGUCACAACCCCCGAACUCCCCUAAGCACAUGAUAUAAUUUCUAUAUACACAUUAUAAUCCAUUACAUUAUCUCUGAUCUUUCACACAUUUGAGUUGACUUUUUGCAAUUACAAGUACGUACUCAUUUAAUGAUGUUCGUCAUUAAAUGGUUUUCACUCCUCUCAAUUUUGUUUACUCGAUUCGCAAUGUGCUUCGAAUGCCCUGUGUUCCAGUAAAUAUGUAUAUUGAACUUGAACUGUUCUAGUGAUAAGAAUAAUUAAGUCGAGUCCCUUGGGGGUCGAUCUCUAUAUGAACGUUGAGUGAGAAAAACGGAAACUCGUAUUUGUAUUUAUAAAGACUUCUGUAAAUAGGGGAAGUACUUAUAUUUACCAGACACAAAGACUUUUUGUCCCUGAUGUAAAGUUCAUUGAUAAGGCCGAUUAUCUUUAGGGCGGUUAUUAAGGUAGAGUUGUAUAUUACAGUACCUGACCGAGUGCUUGGGAACUGAAAAAGCUUAAAAAAUCAUUAAAUUUGGUUGUGUCAUGGCUUAAUUCGCAUAUAUAGCAUUUUAUGCGUUCUAAGUGCAGUCGCUCUUUAAUAAACAGAUGUUUCACAGAAAAUGUUGCAAAAAUUCAUUGAAUAAACGGUUUCCAGGCUCAACAAAGAUUGGGGAACUGGGUUAAAUCGUUUUAGCCUUUAUUGUUUGAACAAAUACAGACAAAAAGUGACUUACCCUGACCAAUAAACGCUUUGCCAAAGCUCAAUGCUGGGAGUAUCUUAUCGUUCUUAUCAGUGCCAAACAGUGCGGCUGCUAGUAUACGAAUAUAGGAGUAUAUAUGUAUAUAUAUAUAUGGAAAUAUGUAUUAAGAAAAUAAUAACAAUUGUGGGGCACAACACAUACACGCCCACACCGAGUAGAAGAGUAGUGCACAAUAGAAUUGAUUACAAUCGUUUAAUGGCAAUUGGUACACCAUUCCGUCGCAGCCCACUGAGGCGAGAGCACGUCUAAUUGAAAACAACAUAUAUAUAGUAUAAAAACGCGUCGAAAAUGUUGCGGCGAACGUUGCGAAAAAGUCGGAAACACCGGGUUCUUUGGAUUAAAGAUAGUGAUAUAACCAACCCAACAACAUCAAGUGUAACCAUAACCGCUACGACUGCCGAAAGUUCGAGCAGUAGUAAUGCCAACAUGAUACCCGAGACCACCCAGCCCGAUCAGCUCCAGUCACAGUCACAGAUACAGACACAAUCCCAGCUCCAGCUCCAAUCCCAGUCACAAUCGCAAUCGCAAUCGCCGCAGGCACAGGAUAAUCCCGAGACCAAUCCCCAGCAGCAAUCGCAGCCGGAGGAGGAGGCGAAGCAGGCGGAUGCGGCUGGUAGCAAUGGUGGCGACAGGCGCGAUUCGAUCACCGAGGAGAUCACCAUACCGAGCACCACAAACAGCAGUUUGAGCAACAAACUCCUGACCAUUCAGGAAGCUGCCGGCAGCCUCGAGCAGAGCAGCGUCUCCAUAUCGACGUCCUCCAACCAGAACGCUUCCACAACAGCCGGCGGAUCGCCGCCGACAGCUGGUGCAGCUCCAGGUGCCAAUGAGUCCAACGGCAGCAGCAACCUCAGCUUAAACCAGGCCGCCACUUCCACAAGUCCUGGCUCCAGUGCGAGUGCCGCCAACACCGCUGCGUCGGGUGCCACGCCCAGCAUUACCAUCGUGUCCAGCGAUUUGAGUCGGGAUCAGCAACCACAACAGUCGCAGAGCGUCGAAUCCAACGGAUUCACUGCUCCUGGGGACAGUCCCUCCAGCCGGAAGAGCUCCACCAGCUCCAAGGGCAAGGCCAGCCAGGCGAAGCUAUCCACAUCCAGCAGCGGUCGCGAUGAGCAGGACAUCUCGCACCACCGCCUGAGCGAUCUCACCCAGCACGAGCUGAGCCUGCUGCGCGUCGACCGGGACCAGCAGUUGACCAGCAGCAGCUCCACCUCCAACGAGAAGCCGGCCAAGCCGUCGAGGCUCUCGGAACGGGCCAAGAAGAAGUCCUGGUACAACGUCAUCUAUCCCAACUACAAGUCGCGGGCCGAGGACUUCAAGAAGCUCUUCAAGGACGUGCCCAACGAUGAGCGCCUGAUAGUGGACUACUCGUGUGCCCUGCAACGCGACAUUCUCGUCCAGGGGCGACUGUAUGUGUCACAGAACUACGUCUGCUUCCAUGCGAACAUCUUCAGCUGGGAGACCUAUGUGAGCAUCAAGUGGAAGGAUGUGACGGCCAUCACCAAGGAGAAGACGGCCCUGGUGAUACCCAAUGCCAUAUCGAUAACCAGCGGCAAGGACAAGUACUUCUUUGCCACGUUCACCUCGCGCGACAAGAGCUUUUUGAUGCUCUUCCGCGUCUGGCAGAACACGCUGAUGAACAAGCCGUUUUCGGCGCAGGAGAUUUGGAAGCAUGUGCACACCUGCUACGGCGAGGAGCUGGGCCUGACCACCGACGACGAGGACUACAUCGAUCCCACGCUGGACAACGACAACGAGACGGACUUCGACUUCCACACGGCCAUCGAUGAGGAUUGCCAGUCGCAGCGCCAGUCACAGCAGUCGAAUCAAUCCAACCAGUCGAAUACACAGCUUCCCCAGAGCGGCAACAGCAGCGCCAGCAGCGGCGGCGGUGUCCGGGCCUCUGCCCCCCGCAAGUCCAAGACGAAAUACUUCUUCAACUCCUCCAAAUCCUCGGCCAACGCCUCGGCCAGCGGUUCUGAUAACAAUAAGACCAGGGAGAGCUCUCGCAAACAGAACAAGAAAAUGAAGCAAAAUGCCAAGGAGCUGACCCUCAGCUCCGUGAAGCCAACGGAGCUCUCGGUGAGCGUCACCAUGAACGCUCCCAGCGCCAGCAGCAGCAGCACUGCCGGCUCCACCACAGCCUCCUCCUCCACCAUUGCCAACCACACGGGCUCUGGCUCCGGAUCGGGAUCUGUAUCGGGCUCAAACACCGCUGCGGCCAGUGGCAGUGGCAGCGACAAGAAGGCGCUGGAGAAGAAGGUCAGCACGGUCUCGACUGCCGCCGCCAUAGCAGCUGCUACAUCCCUGGCCACUGCCGGGCCACCAGCCAUGGAGUCCAAGCCGGAAAUAAAGCGAAAGAUGGGAAAGAACCAUCGAAGCCAGCGGGAAGAGGUCAAAAAUGCUGCCGAAAGUGUGCCCACAGAUGUCUCUGAUUCUUCUGACUCCGAGGAGAACAAUUUGCCAUUUGUGCCCACCACGGAGUGCACCUCGACGCACGAGGGCCGCCAGAUCGUCCACACCAUUCUGCCCAUCAAUGUGGACACCUUGUUCAAUUUGCUGUUCAGUAAGUCGAAAUUCAUAACCGACUUCCAUGCCAUGCGAAAGUCAACGGACCUUUCAAUGGGCGAGUGGACCAAGAACGAGGAGGGUCUCCAAGUGCGCACCGUGAACGUCACCGUUCAAUUGGCCGCCUCUGUGGGACCCAAGACCUCAAAGGUAACCGAGUACCAGACGCAGCGGGAGUGCAGCAAACCGGGCGAACUGUAUUCCAUAGACGUAAACAGUGUUAAUGCAGGCAUUCCAUACGCGGACAGUUUCAGUGUGCUCAUACACUUCUGCCUGGCUAGAACCAUUGAUGAUCACACUAUGCUGUCGAUUCACACCCAGAUCAAGUACAAAAAGUCGAUUUGGGGCGUUGUCAAGGGCUUCAUCGAGAAGAACACGUGGGCGGGAGUGGAGGACUUCUUUGGCGCCCAGUUGCAUGCGCUCCAGAGCGAGACCUGCAUUCCACCUGCCAAGGGAAAGGGACGCAGGCCCAGGAGAGGCAUGAAUCAGCAAUCCGCCACCUCGACCACAUCGACCAACACCAUUGCAACAGGUGCUAUCCACACAGCGACCAGUACGGACAAUGACAGCAUCCAAAAGUCGCGUCAUCGUCAUCCCCAUCAGCAGCAGCAGCAGAACGAGCAUCACCAGCAUCAGCACCUGCACAUGCACCAUCACCACCACCAUCACCACGGUAGCCAGCAUCAUCACCACGAUCCCAGGCACUCCCACCACCACCACCAUCAUCAGCCAUCGCCUCCGCUUCCCCAUCAUCACCAGCAUCCCCAUUGGCAUCAACGUAAGGCUAUACUUCAGUCCAGCAGAGGUACCGCCACCCAGAUUCGUCCACUGGAGGAGGCAGUCGGUGCGGCCCCAGCCGGUGACUCCCUAGAGGCGCAAAUGCUUUCCCCUGGAGGCGUUCCAACGGCGGCAGUCGGCGCCGCCUCGGGGCAUCCGCUGCUGCUCGAGGGCGGCAAGCAGCAGCAGCUCCACCACCAGCAGCAGAUGCACCACCACCACCUGCAGCCGCACAAGCAGCAGCACCACCACCACCAACAGCAGCAGCAGUUGCACCUGGGCGGCGGCGACGGUCAGGCCUUGGCGACGGGUCACCUCGGGUCACAGGGUCACAGACUCAGACACAAGGGCUUGUGGUUGUUGGUUAUACUGUUGCUCUGCUUGAUGCUGGCAUUAAAUGUGAUAUUAUUACUUAAGCUCUGGAAGCUGGAGGACCGCAUCGACGUGGAUCUCAGUCGGCGGGCUCGCCUGCCCAGUUUGGGGGCCCUGAGUGAGCUACCGAGCACGAACCAGGAAUGGCUGGAACUGCUGCGCGACCAGGAGAUGGCGCACGAGGACGAGCUGCACAAGUGGCAGCAGGUGCUCCAGACCGCCAUCGAGCUGCUGAAAAAGGUGAGCAUUGUCUGCGAAAAGAUCUACAACGAUGGCCAGCUGCGUCAGAGCAUUGAGGCGAUGUCGAUGGCGGUGCACACUGAAUUCUAAGCAUCUCAUUACCACGGUGAUUAACAGCAGCGAACAGUGACUUCGGCGAACAGCAAGAGCGACCACUAAUUGUAAUCCUAACACUCACAACCACACACAUGUAUACUGGCAGUGCGUUUCUUAACUGUAGGGAGGUUUUAGGGAAAUAUGGACAAGGUCAAAAUUGUACCAUUUGUUCUGAUAACUGAAUGAUUUAGUAGAUAUUUUUAUAGUAGAAUUUGUAUAAUUGUUCCAUUCAUUAUGAUAACUGAAUUGUUUGGAAGAUUUUUUAGUUCUAUAUAAUGUAAAUUAAGAAGUUUUAUUAUUGUUCCAUUCAUUCUAAUAACUGAAUGAUUUAGUAAACAUUUUUGGUUUGUAAACUGUUUAUGAGAUAAUGUUUAUUUACCAUUUGGUUGUGCUUUAGUUAUUGUUUUAGUUGUUUGCUUAAAAACGAAUUUGUUUCCUAAGACCUUUUUUAUGAGAAUCUUAAAUGUUCUGAAAGUUUUGAAACGCACUGCGCUAGCGGGCAUUUGUUACUGAUCUCUUAGUUAGCAAUACACAAAACUCCGAAUUGUUGCAUGUUCUUUUGCCUCGGUUGAGAUUCGUUUUCUCUGGCACUGACUGAAGAGAUAAAUGUUGAAAAUUCGUGUAGCCAAAUGCAAGCUUUAACCUAUGUUUUCCAACAUCUAUCUCAACCAGAGUUGACAAUUGUUUAGAGAUAAGUUUUGUAUUCCGUAGAGCAAACUCCAGGCCAACACAUUUUGUAUUGAAAAUCAUUUCGGUCCAUCCGCAAACCAAAUUUAAAUGUUUAGAUACAGAAAAAGAGGAAUAUUGAAACGAAUUCCGGAGGCACCAUACAAAACUCACUGUUAAAACUUUGUAUUUUUGUAAGUAAUUUUUAUUUUUUAUUUACAUUUGCAAAAAGUACUCACUCACUCUGAACUAACCCCUUUUAUGUUCCACUAAUUUGUAUCUUAGUUGCUUCCUUGUAGAAUGCUUUUCAUAUGGAGAACCUUUUGUUUGCAUUUAACCCGUUUACUCAAUUAUUUCUUCGUUUUUCAGACUGAAAGAACUUUGGCUGAAAUCAUUGUACGCUAGCAGUAAAAUAAUUAAAACAAAAUGUUGUGCAAGUUAAAUUAAUCCAAUCCAAUUGUCUUCGACAAGCUAGGAAAUACCCAAUGCAAUGUUUUGGGGCAAGAGCAAAGCCACCAAAAAAAUCUGAAAUUGAAUUUAAAAUUCAACUAAAGUUUAGUCACAAACCCAACACACACAUAAGAGAAUCGGAGGACACAAGCCAAUAUGUCAUUUAUACACAUUUAUGAUUAUGUUUUAACCUUAAGAAAAGCGCAGUGUAAUUUAUGUCAUAAGUAGCUGCAUUUUAGUUAGUUUAGAGGCAAUUGUUUUGUUUUUACCACGGCAUUUACGUGUAGCACCUGUUUGCUUGGCUUUGCUUUAGACAAAUGUAUCUACAAAUUCCUCAAGUAUUUCAUAUCUCACAACAUACCAAAAACCGAUACAAAUCACGAGAGAGCGCCCUGAAUUUUUGUUUUAGAAAAUUCAUUUAAAUGUCGAGCAAGCGCAAAACUGGCAAACUGGAGAGUAUAUUAAUUAUAACUAAUAAUAAUAAUAUAAUUGCCAGUAUAUGGCUAGAGAAAAUUUGAUAAAAACGAUUAUACAAAAUGUUUAUUGUGUACAAUAUUUUUGUAAUACCAAUCGAAACAAUUGUGAGCAAUGUUUUCGUUCUUUUGUAUAACUCCUCCUAACUCUUUACCUUUACCCAUUUUUGGCGCCCGUUUACAGACUAUACCGAUACCAAUACAAAUACAAGAAUCAGAUACCAGAUACUUCAAACUAUUCAAUCUAAAACGCAAGGCAAGAUUAAAACCCAUUAUGGCAUACUCUAUAUUCACUAUAAAUAUGUACCAUGUAUAUGGGCCAAGUAUUGUUAGUCCGUAGUAGUUGCAUUUUAAAUUAACAGAGCGAAAAUAAACAAAACAAGAGCUAAGAGAAAAACAAGAACGAGAAGAAAGUGAGGAGAGGGAAAACAGAAAGUAAACAAGGAUAUUUAAGCAAAUUACAUUUAGGUCUAAGCUAAAGCAAAUUUAAAUGUUGGUUUAUCCCACACUAAAAACUAAUUCUUGUCAAAUUAAUUUGGCCCGUAGCAAAAUUGGCUUAAAAUUUGUGUCACAAGUUAGGCUUAGUAAACAGAACAUACAAGAAUAAGAAACCGAAUGUUAAGCUGCAGUAAUGAGAAUUCUAAUUUAUUAUAAAAACAAAUAAAUAAAAGUGAAAAA